AUGAAACCUUCUAGAUACUCCACCUCUAGGCAAAAGGCCUGUCAGCAGUGUGCUAGUGCGAAAGCUCGUUGUGACCGCAGAUCUGGAGGCAGGGAGCCAUGCUCGAGAUGCAUGCAUCGUGGCAUCUCAUGCUCGUAUGUUCCAGAUGAUGCUUCUGAGCGGAAUCCGACAAGCCCGGUAGCACCACCCAGUCCAUUCUCGGUGUCGGAUUCCUCACUUAGAGGUUUGGGAAGUGGCGUUCUGGCCAUGAGUAACUUGUCAACUUCAACACUACCAUCAUCUAUGGGCACCGAAGUGCUUGUUAACACUCAGAACGGGUUAUCUGCGUUGGAAGAUGUCUUAGACUUUUCAUCUCUUGACCUGGUGUGCCCUAUCAAUGCCGAUGAUAUUCAGAAUCGUUGGAUCCAGGCAUAUAUCCCGAUGCCUGGACAAGCAGUCAAAAACUACCCUGAUGGUGUUAGAUCAUAUAUAUACUUGACUCUCAGGUCGUACUCUGCGAUGGCUGUCAGUGGCCGGGGGACCCUGCCCUUCAUUCAUCCCAAGCAGAUGAUCGCGCAGCCAGCCGGUUCACCCCUCACUACCUGCCUGAGCUUAGUACGAAUAUGCUCGAACCAGCUUCCUGGCAGUAGUCAGGCAGCAGUUAGUGUCCUACGUCGAGAAAUACAAACUCUGGAUCAUGAUCGGGUGAAAUACACCAGUGAUGGUCUGUUUGCCGCGUUCCAGUCUUACCUGAUUUACUCCAUGGUUUUGUUCUUCGUACUCGGACAAUCAUGCGAUGAUGACUUUCGCGCUAUAAUGACGAGCCUGCAAGAGCUAGCCUGCGCUUCAUCUCGGCAAGGGUUGAUAUGUGCGGCUGAUCAACGACGAGCGCGACCGAAGUGGGAAGAAUGGAUUAUAACGGAGGCCAAGCGUCGGACACUUUACGUUAUGUAUUUGUUCGAUAGUAUCCUCUCUAGCCAGGAGGGUCUUCCUACCUUCCUUGGCACUGAGCUACGAGGUCUGCCUGCUCCGGCCAAUAAGCUACUGUGGCAGGCAGAAACGCGGUAUGAGUGGGAGAGGGAAUAUAACGUACAUAUGGCGGACUGGAUGGAAGGAUGUCUAACCAUUGACGAGUUAUGGCCCACGCCUGAUGAUUUAGGGGAGGUUGGGGUUGCAAGGAGGCGUGCAAGGGUGGAUCAGUGGCUGCAGAACCUUGAUGAAUAUGGAACAAUGCUUUUCGCCAUUAUGAGAUGUACUCACGGCGACUGA